CUUCCCCCACACUGCGUCAGCGAUCUUGGCAGCUCUCGCCACAGGCGGCCCAAGUGCCUGCCCGCCACAUCCCGGUAAAUUUCAGCCAAUCAUCGACGUUGCGAAACCAAAUCUCAAAGAAGCCGCUCACAAUCGCUCAAUUGAGCCACAGGCCAACCUCAACCUCCCUCGUCGUGGUCGUCCCCAGGAACGAACGAACCCCUCGACGACCUCUUCUCCCUCUUCUCAACCCACCACCCCCCCCGGCCCCGGCCCACUGGCAUUCCGCCUCCCUCUGUCUCUGCCGAGCAGAGACACGAAUCUAUACCAACAUGUUGUCCCGCACUGCUGCGCCCACCAAGGCGUCGGCCAAGACCCUCACAAACGCUGUCGCGGCCGCCACGACGCAACAACAAUGCCGUUCGUUCGCUACCGUCCAGGACGGCGCUGCCCCUAGCCGUACCUAUGGUGGCCUUCGCGACCAGGACCGCAUCUUCCAGAACCUCUACGGCCGCUUCCCCCCCGACCUCAAGAGCGCCAAGAAGAUGGGCGACUGGCACAAGACCAAGGAGAUCCUCCUCAAGGGCCACGACUGGAUCAUUGGCGAGAUCAAGGCCUCCGGCCUCCGCGGACGUGGUGGUGCUGGUUUCCCCUCGGGUCUGAAAUGGUCGUUCAUGAACUUCAAGGACUGGGACAAGGACAACAAACCGAGAUACCUGGUUGUCAACGCCGAUGAGGGUGAGCCGGGAACCUGCAAGGAUCGCGAGAUUAUGCGCAAGGACCCCCACAAGCUGGUGGAGGGCUGCUUGGUCGCUGGCCGUGCCAUGAACGCUUCGGCUGCUUACAUCUACAUUCGUGGAGAGUUUAUCCACGAGGCUGCCGUUCUCCAAAACGCCAUCAACGAGGCUUAUGCCGACGGUCUUAUUGGCAAGAACGCCUGCGGUUCCGGUUAUGACUUUGAUGUCUACGUUCACCGUGGUGGCGGUGCCUACGUCUGCGGUGAGGAGACCAGCUUGAUCGAGUCUCUUGAGGGCAAGCCUGGCAAGCCCCGGUUGAAGCCUCCUUUCCCUGCCGCUGUCGGUCUUUUCGGUUGCCCUUCCACUGUUGCCAACGUCGAGACUGUUGCUGUUGCCCCUACCAUCUGCCGUCGUGGUGGCAGCUGGUUCGCCGGCUUCGGCCGUGAGCGCAACCAGGGCACCAAGCUCUUUUGCAUCAGCGGUCACGUCAACAACCCCUGCACAGUCGAGGAGGAGAUGAGCAUUCCUCUCCGGGAGCUUAUCGACAAGCACUGCGGCGGUGUCCGUGGCGGCUGGGACAACCUCCUGGCUGUCAUCCCCGGUGGUUCUUCCACCCCUAUCCUGCCCAAGCACGUCUGCGACGACCAGCUCAUGGAUUUCGAUGCCCUGAAGGACAGCCAGUCCGGUCUCGGCACCGCUGCUGUCAUCGUCAUGGACAAGAGCACCGAUGUUGUCCGCGCCAUCUCCCGUCUCAGCCACUUCUACCGCCACGAGUCUUGCGGCCAGUGCACUCCUUGCCGUGAAGGCAGCAAGUGGACCGAGCAGAUCAUGCAAAGAUUCGAGAAGGGCCAGGGUCGCGAGCGUGAGAUUGACAUGUUGCAGGAGCUGACCAAGCAGGUGGAGGGUCACACCAUUUGCGCUUUGGGUGAGGCUUUUGCCUGGCCUAUCCAGGGUCUUAUCCGCCACUUCAGGCCAGAGCUUGAGGCGCGCAUGCAAAAGUUUGCUCAGGAGAACGGUGGCGAGGCACUUGCUGGGGGGUGGAAGCGUGACUCUAGGGAGAAGGGUGUGCUUGUCUCUCCUGGUAUGUAA